CAAACAUAAAAUGGUGAUUUCAAAGCUUUUUGGAGGAGUUUUAGGUAUACGUCGGUGAACAGUUGGGAAAGAGAAUUAUUGGAGAAUGGCUGGUGUUCCUAUGAUGCAAAUCGGUCUAUUUGUGUGGACGCAAAACCAGAGGACGGUGUGUGGAUGCAAAUGGUGAGUAUAGGCAUCGACAGGACAGUCUUCCACUCCCACCACCAAUCCCUUCACCAUCCCAAUCUCUCUCUCUCUCUCUCUCUCUCUCUCUCUCAUCCCUAUAAGCCAUUCAAAACCCUCGAUUCCCCUUUCCCAUUCCCCACUUUCAGCAAUGGCGGAAUCCCUCUUCUCCACCCUCCCCGACGACAUUCUUCUCAACAUCUUCUUCAAGCUCGAAGACAAUCCCUGUUACUGGGCUCGUCUGGCUUGUGUUUCCACCAGAUUCUCCUCUACAAUCCGUAAUAUCUGCUGGAAGAACAAGUGUAAUCAAGCCAUCCCUUCUCUUGUUGCCGAUCUUGUCGUCGGCGACUCUGUUCCCCCCGGCGGCUGGGCCUCGCUUCUUAAACUCGCCGUCUGUUGUCCAGGCUUGCACCAUUCCGGCGUUCUUCUCGAGAAUUCCGAUUUCGGGCUCGAGCGGGAACUCGGUCCGGAUGAAAAGUAUCUGGAAUUGAGCUCGACUCAUGACUCGAAACACGAAUCGGAGUCCUCCACUGCUCAAAUUGAGGUUAAUUCUGAUCUCUCUGCUUCUGCUUCUGCUUCUGAUUGUGCUUGGUCGCUUUACGAUGAUCUGUAUCUUGAUACUGUAUAUAACGAUUCUGAAUCCCCGGAUGUUCUCGACCCUCAAAUCGGUGGUACGAAGGUCGAGAAGGGGGUUUUUGUGUCGGAUGGGGAAUUUUGUGCUUCCAAAAGGAGGAAGAUCUGUAGGUCUAUGGGGUCGCAUUUGGCAUCUGGGGUUUGGAAUUUAAGCAGGGAACAAGGAAAUAAGCUGCUUAGGAGUCAAUUUAGAGGCGAUUGUUUAUACAUUUGUGAUUGGCCUGGCUGUGUUCAUAUCGAAGAGAAGCGGAAUUACAUGCUUUUUAGAGGCUUUUUCAAGAACUUCAAAGGUUCUCAUGUAUGGAGAACGAUCAAAGAUGGGAACAGGAACAAAAUUGAUCUGAAAUGUGCUUUUUGCUCGUGCAAUGAGACUUGGGAUUUGCAUUCUGGGUUCUGUUUGAGGCGGGUUUUUGGGUACCAUGAUGAUGGUGAGCCAGUUGUUCGAGCUUAUGUCUGUGAGAAUGGGCAUGUCUCUGGAGCUUGGACGGAUCUGCCAUUGUACCCUUAACAUAAUCAAGCUCACUUCUGGUUUGUUCUCAUUCAAAUCCAUAAGAACUAUAGAAAUCAAUGGAGGGAAUAUGUUGGGAGGGAGACCAGGGAGUUCUUAUGUCUAUAAUUUACAUCAUUCUAUUGCUCAACUUUGAUUCUUCUUUUUUUGCCUGUUUUUAUGAGAUUGGAUAUGAGCUUCCAUUGAAAGGAUUGCUGAUGAUUUCAUCUCUCUGCUCUUUGUAUUACUUUUAAGAGCUUUUCGAACUUUUCGUUUGCGAAUAUGACUACUAAUUUUGUGGUA